UUAUAGUGUGUGGUUAUAAUUUUGAUAUAAAUGGGUGGAAUUAAAAAAAGUGAAAGUGUUGAUGGUAUUUCAUCACCAUCAACAUCAUCAGCAAAUUCCUCUUCAUCCAAUAAAUCCAAUGGUAGUAAUUUAGAAAUUUCAAGUCAAGAUCCAUGGUCAUUGCUUUUACCAACCAAUUCCACCGAGAUUGAUGAAAUCUCCAAACUUAUCGAAGAAAAAUUAUUAAAACAAUUAAAUAAACAAGUAAACCCUUCUAAAAAAUUUAAUUUAUAUGAUGUAGCUCCAUUUAUUACUGAUGGUGCCGAAGUUUUAGUUGAUGAUGAAUUUACAAAAUGUUUUACCAGUCCCGAAAUGGAUUCAUGGAAUUGGAAUAUAUAUUUAUACCCAGCAUGGCUCUUUGGUUUGUUUAUUAGAUUUUGUAUCUUAUUCCCACUUAGAGUAACAUGCUUGGUAGUUGGUAGCUUUGCCUUUGCUGUUGCCUUCUUUUUAUCUACAACUUUUGUUAAAAAUCAAAAAACCAGAAAACAUUAUCAAAGAAAAUGUAUCAGCUUUUUAAGCAAUGUAUUUAUUAUGUCAUGGUCAGGUGUUAUUAGAUACCAUGGUGUUAAGCCAUUAAGAAAGAAGAAUCAAGUUUUUGUAGCUAAUCAUACAACAGUUAUGGAUGUUGUAGUCUUACAAAGUCAAUUUAAUCAUGCAAUGGUUGGUCAAAAACACAAAGGUUUAUUAGGUUUUAUUCAAGAUUAUAUUUUAAAUUGUAUAGGUUGUCUUUGGUUUGAUAGAGCAGAAUCAAAAGAUAGAUUAUUAGUUGCACAACAAAUUUCAAAACAUAUUGAAAAUGAAAACAAUGAUCCAUUAUUAAUUUUCCCAGAAGGUGUUUGUGUUAAUAAUCAAUAUUGCGUUAUGUUUAAAAAAGGUGCCUUUGAAUUACCAAAUGUUACAAUUCACCCAGUUGCCAUUAAAUACAACACUUUAUAUGUUGAUGCAUUUUGGAAUUCAAAAAAACAAUCAUUUAUUAGACAUAUGUUUAAUUUGAUGACAUCAUGGGCAUUAGUAUGCGAUGUAUGGUAUUUAGAACCACAAACCAUUAGAGAUGGUGAAACUGCAACCCAAUUUUCAAAUCGUGUAAAGGCAAUGAUUGCCAAGAAAGCAGGUAUUAUUAACGUACCAUGGGAUGGUUAUUUGAAAUACUUUAAACCAGGUCCAAGAUUUGCAGAACACAAACAAAAAAUUUUUGCCUCACGUUUCAAAAAGAAGUUUGCAUCAAAUGAUGCAGAAGAUAAUGAAAGUAGUAAUACAAAUAAUAAUGAUGAAGAAGAUAAUGAAAAUAGUAAUACAAAUAAUAAUGACUCUAAUAAUAGCAAUAGCAGCACCAAUGGAAAGGACCAACCCGAAAAUAAUAUUAUUAAUAAUGUAAAACAAAGAAAAUUAGCCAACCCAAAUGAAUAGUAUAAUAUCUAAAUCAUAUUUUAAUAAUAAAUAGUUUAGUAUAAAAUAGAUAAAAAUAAAGUAAAAAAUAAUAAUUUAAUAUAAUUAUUAUUAAUAAAAAUUGUUUCAUU